AUGAUCGACCUGUGCGCCGCGCGUUCUGUGCGGAUAGCGACCCUGACGAUUCUGAUCUUCCUCACCACAGGCUACCUGCUCUCGGCCUCUACAUUGGCCUUUGGAUGGCGCAAUACCUUCGCGCCGGCGCGGAUCGAGUCCUGGCCCUACGUUGAGGUCGUGGUACAUGACGGGAAGGAAUGGCCCUACCGCACGUUCAAAUCCUCGGCGUGGAUGCCACCCAACAUGACGAUUACGCGGAACGAAGGGGCGCUGGCCAAGGGCUACUACAUCUUCACGGCAAAGAACAGGCGUCACUCGGGUGUUCUCGUGCAGAGUGCGCCCGUCAUCAUGACGGACGACAACGAGCUGGUGUAUGCGCACGACGGGCCUUAUGGCGCCAACAACUUUCGCGUCCAGGAGGUCAACGGCAAGCCUCACCUCACUGUCUGGCUCGGCGAGAGUGUCACCGGUCACGGAUACGGCCAAUUCUACACCAUUGACGAAACAUAUGAAGUCCAAACGAGUCUCUUCUCCGGCAAUGUUGCGCUGCAGUCCCUGGGGGCAGGGAAGAAGGCACCAGGGCUGUCGGACUUUCACGAGCAAGAGAUGACGGAGCGAGGGACGGUGUACAUGGUCGCGUACAACAAUACACAGGUGAACCUGACCUCCAUUGGUGGGAAGGAGGACGGUUGGCUCUCCGACAGCCUGAUCUAUGAGGUCAACAUGACGACGGGCGAGACACUCUUCACGUGGAGCGCCAAAGAUCACAUCCCCUUGGAGGCGUCGAAACUGCCCAUCAAGUCGUACAUGGGCGAUGGUUCAAAGGGCCACCCCUGGGAUCACUUCCACAUCAACUCCGUGCAGGAGAUUGGCGAGAAUCUGCUGAUUAACAGUCGGCACACCUUUGCCAUGUACCUCUUGAGCCGGAAAACGGGCGAGGUGCUCUGGGAGCUGAGCGGGCGCGGCGAGGGGGGUGACUUUGGCCCGCUGGCCGAGGCGGAUCGGUUCAAGUGGCACCACCAGGCGCGAGCGCACAAUGUCACCGAGGACGGCAUGACGAUCAGCAUCUUUGACAACCACAACAUGCAGGAGGACAACGAUACAGCCCCGACGAGAGGUCUCGUCCUCAGGGUGGACCUGCCGCCCGACGCCUCCAAGCCGCCUACCGUGCUGAGCAGUGUGCGGGGGGACGAGCCCUUUUACGUGGGCAGCCAAGGCAGCUACGAUCCCGCCCUGGAGAACGGGAACCAGCUCAUGUGCUACGGACCGGUCCCCGUGAUCCAGGAGUUUGGGCCGAAUGGCGAGGUGCGGUGGGAAGGGCGGUUUGGGCGUGACGACACGGUGCAGAGCUAUCGCGCGUUCAAGAGUGAGUGGCAUGCCACACCCGCGGAUUGGGACCCGCGCCUCCAUGUGGAGAAGAUCCACGACAGUGCUCGGCAAGACGAGCAACAAGUGGAGGGCUACGUGUCCUGGAACGGCGCGACGGAUGUGACGGGGUGGAAUGUCCAUGUGCGGCGCGGGGGAGCGUGGUCCAACAUGGGGCGGGCGGACAGGAAAGGGUUUGAGACGGUGUUCAGGGUCGCUGCGCCCGAGGGCUGCGUUGUUGUUGGCGCGGUGAUGGACGGUGUUGAGGUCAGGCGGUCGAAUGAGGUCUGUCUGUGA